AUGGCAGCGAAUCGAGACGCUCGUGGCUCUGUUCAAGACGUCUCUAGCAAGGGACCUGCCAACGAACGUGAGCAGAGGCUCUUGUGGAAUCCCGAAAACGUCAAAGACGUUGCCGAGUCUGUAGGCAUCUCCACUCUCGGCGAAGAUGCCCUGCGCACGCUCUCCCAAGACGUCGAAUAUCGUAUCGGCCAAGUUCUUGUCGAGGCCCUCCGCUUCAUGCGACUUUGCCGACGGACGACCAUGACCACGCAGGAUGUUUCCCAAGCAUUACGUGUGCUAGACGUCGAACCGCUCUACGGGUACGACUCAACCAGAUCAUUACGUUACGGGGAAGCGAGUCUAGGUCCCGGACAGCCGUUAUUCUAUAUCGAUGAUGAGGAAGUGGAUUUCGAGAAGGUCAUCAACGGGCCGCUGCCCAAGGUACCCCGGGAUAUCAACUUUACUGCGCAUUGGCUAGCGGUCGAAGGCGUGCAGCCAACUAUUCCUCAGAACCCCACGACGGCCGAGUCGCGAUCACAAGAUCUUCUACCCAAAGGCCCCGGUGCCAACCCUACGCUGGCAGCCCUGGCCGGCCACGACAACGCGAGCUUUCGACCGGCUGUCAAGCACAUCAUCUCCAAAGAACUUACCCUCUACUUUGAGAAGGUGCAGGCAGCCUUGUUGGAUGACAACCCUGAUCCCGAGGUUCAGCGAUUGCGCGAUGCAGCGCUGGAGUCGGUCAGCUCUGAUCCGGGCCUCCACCAACUUGUACCGUACUUUGUCAACUUCAUCUCGAAUCAGGUUACCCAUCACCUCGAUGAUAUCUUCGUCCUGCGACAGAUGAUGGAGCUCACCAACGCCUUGAUCAUGAACGAACACAUAUAUCUGGACCCGUACGCGGGUGCUCUGUGUGCGCCAGUCCUCACAUGCCUGUUGGGCCGCAAGCUUGGAUCGGAGAUUGGAGGCGAUGCGGUUAAGGACCAAUACCAACUCCGCGAGUACGCCGCAACGCUGAUCGGACAGAUUGCGCGCAAGUACUCGAGCUCCAACAAGCUGCUACGCCCCAAGCUCACUCGCUCAUGUCUCAAGACGUUCCUGAAUCUCUCCAUGUCGCCGCAGGUAUGGUAUGGGGCCGUCUCCGGUAUACUGGCAGCGGGCGGUCCAGAGGCAAUCAAGGUUCUCGUGCUGCCGAAUCUAAAGGACUUUGAAGCGGGUGUUCUCAGCCCGCUGCGGGAGAAAGGCGAAGCCAGCCGCACAGAUUUUGAGAUGCUGGUGGGUGGCAUCAUGAAGGCGGUCCGAUCUCUGGCGGAAUCAGACUUUCCCAUGAUGAAUGGUAUCAACGGUGGUACCAGCGAGCGUGAGACAGCUGCCAUCAAGGCCUUCGUGGGCGAUAUUAUCGGUGAGCGUGUGGGGGCAUUGGCCGACCACAACCUGAAUCAGGCUGUGCUGGAUGCCCAAAACUUCUCGUAG